UUGACAGACAAAGCUGUGCAAAACAGCGGCGCUAGCAAAGAAGGCUAGCUAGCUAACCCAUCAAAUGUAUGUUUCACUCGUCCAGAAUAACUUGUCUAAUAUUUAUUCAGAUCCAUAACGAUGCGCAGCUUAUACAAUUGUAAACGAGGUUGUUUAAGAUGGAGUAAAUGUCUGCUAGCCAGCUAAGGCGGGGAGUACUGUACUAAGCUAACGUUAGUUGAAUUCCAGCUUCACAGAACAACAUCGACGACGUAAAUAACAAACAAACAACAAUAUUUAACAUAGCUAACGUUAGCUAGAUAGCUAGCUAAAUCGCAGCAGCAUGGACACGAAUGUGCAGAAGAGACGCGAGAACAAGAAAUCACUGCGUGUGAAAGUGAUCAGCCUUGGCAAUGCCGAGGUGGGCAAGAGCUGCAUCAUCAAGCGAUACUGUGAGAAGAGGUUUGUUCCCAAGUAUCUGGCCACAAUAGGGAUUGACUAUGGUGUCACCAAAGUCCAGGUGCGAGACAGGGAGAUCAAAGUGAACAUCUUUGACAUGGCAGGACACCCCUUCUUCUACGAGGUUCGUAAUGAGUUCUAUAAGGACAGCCAGGGAGUGGUGUUGGUCUACGAUGUUGGUCUGAGGGAGAGUUUUGAUGCGCUGGACAACUGGCUGGGGGAGAUGAAACAGGAGAUGGGCUCCCAGGCUAACAUGGAGAGCAUCGUUUUUGUCGUCUGUGCUAACAAGGUGGACCUGACUAAGCGUCGUGUGGUAGACGAGGGAGAGGGAAGGCUGUGGGCGGAGUCUAGAGGGUUCCACUACUUUGAGACGUCAGCACAGAGCGGAGAGGGCAUCAGUGAGAUGUUCCAGGCGUUUUUCUCCUCCAUAACGGACAUGUGUGAGAACGGCGGGAAGCGCCCGGUGGCGGAGGUCAGUGUCGGCUUCACCAAGGAGCAGGCCGACACCAUCCGACGCAUACGCAACAGCAAGGACUCCUGGGAUAUGCUGGGGGUCAAACCUGGAGCCACACGGGAGGAGGUUAACAAGGCGUACAGGAAGCUGGCAGUGCUGCUGCAUCCGGAUAAGUGCGUUGCCCCGGGCAGUGAGGACGCUUUCAAGGCCGUGGUGAACGCUCGCACCUCCCUGCUCAAGAACAUCAAGUAGUCGCCAGCUAGGGACUUCAGUCAUCAGCUCACCCUGACCCCUAACCCCUAACCCCUCGCCAUGAUGCCUCCUUUAAUACCACCCCCUUCAGAACAUCAUCAGCCUCUCUACCCUCUCCCAACCCCCAAAACUA